AUGUGUCCGUUAACGGUCAUGAUGAUGAUGAUGAUGAUGAUGAUGGGCAUGGUUUUUCUUAACUGCACUUAUCUUGUGGGGCCGCACGCGCUGGAGUCAGCCAAUGAGGAGCCGGCGCGGACACCUGCAGGAAGUGGGCCGCGCGCUUAUCACUUUUCCCAUUCGCUUCAGACGCAUAACGGUCCAGGGGCCACAGCGUUUUCAGAGUCCAGCCUGCGACAGAGACAGGUCCUUAGCCAGUCCUCUGACUCAGCCCAGUCCUCGGUCUCAGCCCAGUCCUCAGACUCAGCCCAGUCCUUCCUCUGA